AAAUCCGAACUCCAUCACCCGCGAACCACUCGUAGUCGAAUCCCCCCCAUUCCUCGCUCCGGCAAUGGCGCGCGCCGGCGUCUCCACCGCGCCGCUCUCCCGCCUCCACUCGCUGCCGCCGCCGCGGCCCGCCCUGCUCCACCACCCUCAUUCCCACGUCCUCCUCCGCCCGCAGCGCAAGGCUCCCAGCACCACCGCCGCGGCGCUGCCGCCGGCCGCGGACCUCCCGCCGCUCUCCCUGCCGGCCGCCGCGGCCGCGGCCGCCGCGCUGGCGGCGGCGGUUUCUCUCUCCGAUCCCGAGCGCCGGCGGCGCGCACAGGCCGAGGCCGCGGGCGGCGGCGACAAGGAGGCCGUCCGCGCCUACUUCAACUCGACGGGCUUCGAGCGGUGGCGCAAGAUCUACGGGUCGGCGACGGAGGGCGUGAACCGCGUGCAGCUGGACAUCCGCGAGGGCCACGCGCAGACGGUGGCCGCCACGCUGUCCAUGCUCCGCGACUCGCCGCUCCAGCUCGCGGGCGCCACGGUGUGCGACGCCGGGUGCGGGACGGGGUCCCUCGCCAUCCCGCUCGCCGCCGAGGGCGCGGACGUGCUGGCCUCAGACAUCUCGGCCGCCAUGGUCUCCGAGGCGCAGCGGCAGGCGCAGUUGGCGCUGGCGUCGCAGCCGGCGGGGUCCCCGUUCCGCAUGCCGCGGUUCGAGGUCCGCGACCUGGAGAGCCUGCAGGGGCGGUACGACGUGGUGGUGUGCCUGGACGUGCUCAUCCACUACCCGCGGGAGGAGGCGCGUGCCAUGAUCAAGCACCUGGCGUCGCUGGCGGAGAAGCGGCUGCUCAUCAGCUUCGCGCCCAGGACGCUCUACUUCGACUUCCUCAAGCGCGUCGGCGAGCUGUUCCCGGGCCCGUCCAAGGCCACGCGCGCCUACCUGCACGCCGAGCGGGACAUCGAGGACGCGCUCCGCGAGGCCGGCUGGCGCGUCGCCAACCGGGGCUUCAUCUCCACGCAGUUCUACUUCGCCAAGCUCUUCGAGGCCGUGCCCGCCGGCUCGUCGUCGUAGCGUGCGUGCGUGUUUCGCUGGCGCAAAUUGUUGAUAGAGAACCGUGACGCCGCCGCGGUGUUGAUGCAUCGGUGGCUGUUUGUACUUGCAAAUUUUGCUGUCGAGCUUGUAGAAUAUUGCAGAUUGAAGAA